AAAACGGUAACCGGGAUGCGAACUAGUUAUUGUCAUUCUCGGGGAGCGGGGAAACUGAAAAAGGGAAAUCGUCACACUUCGGUGAUUUCUGUCACUCUGUUUCUGGCGAUACGCGUUAGCUUUUGCGAGGUUAGGCUAAGCUCUCCGCUGUCUUUUCGUUGAAGAGGGAAUCGGGAUAUCCAAUUCCGGAUCGAGUUCGGGGUCGCACAAACCACCUUGGCCAUCGGUUGCGUUGAUCGGUGUUGGAGGCAUGGCUAGGGUUCGUGACAACUGGGAGAGGCUGGUUCGAGCGACGUUGCGGAGGGAGCAGCUGAGAACCGCCGGCCAAGGUCAUGAGAGAAUCUCAAGUGGGAUAGCUGGCGCCGUUCCACCAUCACUCGCUCAGACUACGAAUGUAGAGGCGAUCUUGCAGGCUGCAGAUGAGAUUCAAUCAGUGGACCCGAAUGUCGCUCGGAUUCUGUGUGAGCAAGCAUAUAGCAUGGCUCAAAAUCUUGAUCCCAACAGUGCUGGUAGGGGAGUUCUCCAGUUCAAGACCGGUUUGAUGUCUGUAAUCAAGCAAAAACUUGCUAAAAAGGAUGGUGGCCGCAUUGAUCGCAAUCGUGAUAUCGAAAACCUGUGGGAGUUUUAUCAACGCUACAAGAGACGUUACAGGGUGGAUGACAUUCAACGAGAAGAGCAGAGGCUGCAAGAAUCUGGAACUUUCAGCUCUAAUCUUGGAGAAUUGGAAUUGAGAUCAUCUGAAAUGAGAAAGGUCAUAGCUACUUUGAGAGCGUUGGUGGAGGUCAUGGAGGCAUUGAGUAAGGAAGCUGAUCCUGCUGGUGUUGGAGGGCUUAUAAUGGAGGAGUUGAGGAAAAUCAAAAUGUCAGGUGCAACGUUAGCUGCAGAACUGAUACCUUACAAUAUAGUUCCCUUGGAAGCACCGUCAUUGACCAAUCCUAUCAGAUUUUUCCCAGAAGUCAAAGGAGCAAUAGCCGCAAUUAGAUAUAAUGGACAGUUCCCUAGACUUCCUGCUGGCUUUAACAUAUCUGGACAAAGGGAUGCAGACAUGUUUGACCUUUUAGAAUUUGUCUUUGGCUUUCAGAAAGACAACAUAAGGAAUCAGCGUGAAAAUGUUGUUUUGAUGAUAGCAAAUGCACAAUCCCGACUUGGUAUACCUACUGGUGCUGAUCCAAAAAUAGAUGAGAAAGCAAUCAAUGAAGUCUUCUUGAAGGUGCUAGAUAACUACAUGAAAUGGUGCAGAUAUUUGCGAAUCCGACUUGCAUGGAAUAGUUUAGAGGCCAUUAACAGGGACAGAAAGCUGUUUUUAGUUUCCCUGUAUUUUCUUAUAUGGGGUGAAGCUGCAAAUGUCCGUUUCCUUCCUGAAUGCCUAUGCUAUAUUUUCCACAAUAUGGCAAAAGAGUUGGACGCUAUUUUGGAUCAUGGAGAAGCUAGUCCUGCUUUAAGCUGCACUAGCGGUGUUUCUGUUUCCUUUCUUGAGCAAAUUAUCUGUCCUAUAUAUGAGACAAUAUCGGCGGAAGCUUCUAAAAAUAAUAACGGGAAAGCCGCGCAUUCAGCAUGGAGGAAUUAUGAUGACUUCAAUGAAUACUUUUGGUCGCCUACUUGUUUUGAUUUAGGAUGGCCAAUAAAGAGAGAUUCGUCAUUCUUGUUAAAGCCAAAGAAGUCAAAACGGACUGGUAAAAGCAGUUUUGUUGAGCAUAGAACUUUUCUACACCUGUAUCGAAGUUUCCAUCGUCUAUGGAUUUUCUUGGCAUUAAUGUUCCAGGCUUUAACUAUAAUUGCUUUCAACCAUCGACACAUUGACUUGGAUACUUUUAAGACAAUCCUAAGCAUUGGGCCAUCAUUUGCAAUUAUGAAUUUCAUCAAAAUUUGUCUAGAUGUUUUGCUUACUUUUGGAGCAUACACUACUGCAAGGGGCAUGGCUGUUUCUAGACUAGUCAUACAGUUCUUCUGGGGUGGCUUGAGCUCUGUGUUUGUGACAUAUCUUUACCUGAAGGUUUUGCAGGAGAGGAAUGAUCAUAGUUCAGAUAAUUCAUUCUAUUUUCGGAUAUACAUCCUUGUCCUUGGUGUAUAUGCAGCUCUACGCCUAUUGCUUGCGCUCAUGCUCAAAAUACCAGGAUGUCAUGCAAUUUCUGAAAUGUCUGAUCAAUCAUUCUUUCAAUUUUUUAAGUGGAUUUAUCAGGAACGGUACUAUGUUGGACGUGGCCUUUAUGAGAAGAUGGGUGAUUAUUGUAGGUAUGUGGCCUUCUGGUUGGUGAUCUUUGCUUGUAAAUUCACUUUUGCAUACUUUCUCCAGAUCAAACCUCUCGUUAGUCCUACCAAUAUCAUUGUGGAUCUCUCUUUUUUGAAUUACUCAUGGCAUGAUCUGAUCUCAAAGAAGAAUAACAAUUUUUUGACUGUAGUUAGCCUAUGGGCUCCUGUUGUGGCUAUUUAUCUCAUGGAUAUUCACAUUUGGUACACGGUCUUGUCAGCAAUUGUUGGUGGCGUAACAGGUGCACGAGCACGGUUGGGUGAGAUACGCACACCUGAAAUGGUGCAUAAACGUUUUGAGAGUUUCCCUGAAGCCUUUGUCAAUCGUAUGAUCUCUCCACAAAUGAAAAGGGUGCCUUUCAACCGGCAAUCAUCUCAGGAAUCUCAGGAUAAUAACAAAGAAUAUGCAGCCAUGUUCGCUCCAUUUUGGAAUGAGAUAAUUAAAAGUCUACGAGAAGAAGAUUUUAUUAGCAACCGGGAAUUGGACCUGCUUUCUAUCCCUAGCAACACGGGGAGUCUAAGAUUAGUUCAAUGGCCUUUGUUUCUUCUAAGUAGUAAGAUCCUUUUGGCAAUUGAUUUGGCUAUAGACUGCAAAGAUACCCAGGCAGAUCUUUGGAACAGAAUAUGCAGGGAUGAAUAUAUGGGAUAUGCAGUUCAGGAGUGCUAUUACAGUAUUGAGAAAAUUUUGUAUUCAUUAGUUGAUGGCGAAGGAAGGCUUUGGGUAGAAAGGAUUUUUCGUGAAAUCCAUAACAGCAUAUCGGAGGAAUCUCUUGUUAUCACUUUAUCACUUAAGAAGCUUCCACUGGUUUUAUCAAGAUUUACAGCAUUAACUGGACUCCUGAUUCGAAAUGAUCCUGCACUUGCUAAAGGUGCCGCCAAAGCUGUAUUUGAACUAUAUGAAGUUGUUACUCAUGAUCUGCUUUCAUCUGAUUUAAGGGAACAACUUGAUACAUGGAACAUUUUGGCCAGAGCGAGGAAUGAGGGGCGCCUUUUUGCUAGAAUACAGUGGCCUAGUGAUCCAGAAAUUAAAGAGCUGGUGAAACGGUUGCACCUUCUCCUUACUGUAAAGGACUCAGCUGCUAAUGUUCCUAAAAAUCUUGAAGCGAGAAGAAGAUUAGAGUUUUUUACUAAUUCCUUAUUCAUGGACAUGCCUCCUGCAAAGCCUGUUAGUGAAAUGAUGCCAUUCAGUGUCUUCACACCAUACUAUAGUGAAACUGUACUAUAUAGUACCUCUGAACUGGAAAAGGAGAAUGAAGAUGGUAUAUCUAUUAUUUUCUAUCUGCAAAAGAUAUUUCCAGAUGAAUGGAACAACUUUCUUGAAAGAAUUGGUCGAGAUGUGUCCACUGGUGAUGCGGACCUUCAUGAAAGUUCCAGUGAUUCUCUAGAGCUUCGUUUUUGGGCAUCUUAUCGAGGGCAGACUUUAGCCAGGACAGUACGAGGUAUGAUGUAUUAUAGGAGGGCUUUGAUGUUACAGAGUUAUUUGGAGAGUAGAUCGAUUGGAGUGAAUGACAAUUAUCAAAACAAUUUCAUCACAAGUGGAGGGUUUGAGCUGUCACGCGAGUCACGGGCUCAAGCAGAUUUGAAGUUUACGUAUGUAGUAUCAUGCCAAAUUUAUGGGCAACAAAAGCAGCGGAAGGCACCUGAAGCUGCUGAUAUAGCUCUGUUAUUACAAAGGAAUGAGGCUCUCCGUGUUGCUUUCAUUCAUGUUGAGGAGAGUGGUGCAAAGGAUGGAAAGAUUUCAAGGGAAUUUCAUUCAAAGCUUGUCAAAGCUGAUAUAAAUGGAAAAGAUCAGGAAAUAUAUUCUAUCAGACUUCCUGGGGAUCCGAAGCUUGGUGAAGGAAAGCCUGAAAACCAAAACCAUGCUAUAAUUUUCACUCGGGGUGAUGCUGUCCAAACAAUUGAUAUGAACCAGGAUAAUUAUCUAGAAGAGACAAUGAAAAUGAGAAAUCUUCUUGAUGAAUUCCGUGGCAAUCAUGGCUUACGGCCCCCAACUAUUCUUGGAGUGAGAGAGCAUGUUUUUACUGGAAGUGUCUCAUCCUUGGCCUGGUUCAUGUCAAAUCAAGAAACUAGCUUUGUAACUUUGGGCCAGCGUGUUCUAGCAAAUCCUCUCAAAGUUCGAAUGCACUAUGGACAUCCUGAUGUUUUUGAUCGAAUAUUCCACAUUACUAGAGGAGGCAUUAGUAAGGCAUCACGUGUAAUUAAUAUUAGUGAAGAUAUAUAUUCUGGUUUCAACUCCACAUUGAGGCAGGGGAAUAUAACGCACCAUGAAUACAUUCAGGUUGGAAAAGGAAGGGAUGUUGGGUUAAACCAGAUUGCUCUCUUUGAAGGCAAAGUGGCGGGUGGUAAUGGAGAGCAAGUGCUUAGUAGGGACGUUUACAGACUUGGACAACUUUUUGAUUUCUUCAGAAUGCUUUCCUUCUUUUACACAACUGUUGGUUAUUAUGUUUGCACCAUGAUGACAGUCCUCACAGUGUACAUAUUCUUGUAUGGAAGAGUAUACCUGGCCUUCUCUGGUCUUGAUGAACAAAUCUCAAAGAAGGCAAGAAUGCUGGGUAACACAGCACUUGAUGCAGCUUUGAAUGCUCAAUUUUUGGUCCAGAUUGGAGUUUUCACCGCAAUCCCAAUGAUAAUGGGUUUUAUACUUGAAAAAGGAUUGCUGAAGGCUGUUUUUAGUUUCAUUACCAUGCAACUCCAGCUGUGUUCAGUCUUCUUCACAUUCUCGUUGGGAACUAGAACUCAUUAUUUUGGGCGUACCAUACUUCAUGGGGGUGCAAAAUACCGAGCAACUGGUAGAGGGUUUGUUGUUCAGCACAUAAAGUUCGCUGAAAACUAUAGACUGUAUUCUCGUAGCCACUUUGUCAAAGCGCUCGAGGUAGCAUUGCUUCUAAUAGUCUACAUUGCAUAUGGGUAUACAAGGGGAGGUGCUGUUACAUUUGUUCUGCUAACCAUUAGCAGUUGGUUCCUUGUCAUCUCCUGGCUUUUUGCUCCUUACAUUUUCAAUCCCUCAGGUUUUGAGUGGCAAAAGACUGUGGAAGAUUUUGAUGAUUGGACAAGUUGGCUUCUUUACAGAGGAGGAGUAGGCGUUAAGGGAGAAAAUAGUUGGGAGUCUUGGUGGGAUGAAGAACAGAUGCAUAUCCACACUUUAAGGGGCCGUAUAUUGGAGACCAUUUUGAGUUUAAGGUUUUUCAUGUUUCAAUAUGGUAUAGUUUAUAAGCUACACCUUACAGGAAAAGAUACAUCACUUGCGGUUUAUGGAUUCUCCUGGGUCGUCUUGGUUUGCAUAGUCUUGAUAUUUAAGAUCUUUACCUACAGCCCAAAGAAAUCAGCCGACUUUCAGUUAGUGAUGCGAUUUACACAGGGAGUGGCCGCAUUAGGGCUUGCUGCAGCCGUGUGCCUUGUUGUUAUCUUUACCAAUCUCUCAAUAGCUGACCUUUUUGCUAGCAUCCUUGCAUUUAUCCCUACUGGAUGGGCAAUACUAUCUUUGGCAAUUACGUGGAAGAAGAUAGUGUGGAGCCUUGGAUUGUGGGAAUCAGUGCGUGAAUUUGCUAGAUUGUAUGAUGCUGGGAUGGGUAUGCUUAUAUUUGCACCAAUAGCGUUUUUGUCAUGGUUCCCAUUCAUUUCCACCUUUCAAUCACGCCUUCUCUUUAAUCAAGCAUUUAGCCGUGGUUUGGAAAUUUCCCUCAUCCUUGCUGGAAACAAAGCUAAUGUCGAGACCUAACUUGUGUGCCCUCUAUGACUGUUAAGGCCAGCAGGGUGUCUCAUUGGAGUGCAUAUUGUUUUGUAGCACACUACAUAAUCUAAUUGCAGAUAUGAUUGUAUAUUUACUGUAGGAAUUUGUACUAGGUCUUUCUUUGUAUUAGUUUUGCUCAGUUUUCCAUUAUUGUGUAGCUGAUCUUGAUCAUAGUCAUUUUGUCCAAUAUUAGAGUUGAGAAGAAGAUUAGAGUGAUCAUAGACUUGAGUCUGUAACAUUGAACUAGUGGUAAUUUCUACUCCACCCGCGACCCUUAUACAGCGGAGUUAACUUAUCAAAGCCUAA